AUGGUAAUGUACUGCAUACGAAUAAUUCAAAGACUUUUUCCAUCUAUCAUAUCAGAAUCACUGUUCGCUCCAGCUUAUCGUUUUGCUACGUCGCAGUGUUUAUUUGCUGGUCGGUAUUAUACAAGAAAUCAUGAAUGGGUGUUCAUCGAAAGUGAUACAGCAGUUGUUGGAAUCAGUGAUUUUGCGCAGGCAGCACUUGGUGAUAUUGUUUAUGUGGAACUGCCUGAAGUUGGAAAAGAAUUAAAUGUAGGCGACUCAGUUGGUGCAUUGGAAAGUGUAAAAGUAGUAUCAGAUAUCCAUUCACCUAUUUCUGGAACAGUUACGGAAAAGAACACUGAAGUUGAAAUCACUCCUUCAUUGAUUAAUAAAUCCGCCUUUGAUAAAGAGGAGGCGUACAAUGGUACAGACAUAGCUUAA